AUGGCUAGGCCCGCUGUCAACUUCAUCACUGGAAACGCCAAUAAGCUGGGCGAGGUCAAGGCGAUCCUGGAGCCGGCCAUCGAGGUCAGGAGUCAGGCCCUUGACCUGCCCGAGAUCCAGGGCAGUUCAAUGGAGGAGGUGACCAUUGACAAGUGCCGGAGGGCUGCCGAGCUGGUUGGCGGCCCUGUCCUGGUGGAGGACACGUGCCUUUGCUUCAACGCGUUGAACGGACUGCCGGGGCCAUACAUCAAGUGGUUCCUCAAGUCUAUCGGUCAUGAAGGCCUCAACAAUCUGCUGGCUGCCUACUCGGAUAAAUCGGCCAAGGCUGUUUGCACUUUUGCUUACUCGGCCGGGCCGGGUCAUGAGCCAGUCCUCUUCCAGGGCAUUACCGAGGGCAAAAUCGUGCCAGCAAGGGGACCGUCCAACUUCGGCUGGGACCCAAUCUUUGAGUAUGAGGGCAAGACUUAUGCUGAGAUGGAAAAGGCCGAAAAGAACAAGAUCUCUCACCGGGGUAAGGCUCUCGCCAAGUUGCAAGCUUGGUUUGCAGAGCAGGCGUCAUCAUGA